GGGUGGCGGCGUUACCAUCGCACAACGACAACGGGUCGAUAUUAUCGACUUUGAGUUUUAUUUCCUGCUUCGCAAAUCGCAUUGUAUAAAUACACGUGACGAUCGAGUGUCACGCUCAUAUAAUGUUGUCACGUGCAAAGGUCAAGACCAAUAGCGGUGCAGGGCUAUUAAACACCGUAAUAAAUAGUGUACCGUUCGAAUUACAUCUACCCGGUUAUCAGUACUGUGAGCCGGGAACCGAUUUAAAAAAAAGACUUGCUCUCGGACAGUCCGGAAUAAACGGUUUAGAUGCAGCGUGCAGAGACCACGAUAUAGCUUACGAUAAAAAUAAUUCUUUAUCGGAACGAAACGCGGCCGACGGUGUAUUGGAAGAGCGUGCUUGGAGCAGAGUUCUUGCGAAAGACGCUAAUUUUAAAGAAAAAACCGCCGCGUGGCUUGUAACGACGGCUAUGAAGGCUAAACGCAAAAUCGGCGCUGGUUGUGGUUUUGUCAAUAUUGUCAAAGCGUGUAAAAAAGCGCUAAAAAAAUCGGUGAAAGCGGGAUCGAGAACAGAGAAUAUGGGUAAAUUAAUUAAAUCAGCUGUAUGCGUGGCGCGAAAGCAUGUGAAAAAACGCGCGGGCGAUCAAAUAAUAAUAAUAAAAAUAAACCGCCCCGUGUGAUCAGAGUUCCUAAAACAGGAGGUUCUCUCUCGCUAAUUCCGAUAUUGGCUGGUCUUUCGGCUUUGGGUACGCUGAGUGGGGGAGUAGCCAACAUCGUGAGAACAAUACACGGUAUUAGAUCUGGCGGC